GGACCGAACCGCUCCGCAUUCCGCCUGUCAGCCCGUCCUCGCUUUGCUGACUCCACUGCCUACUACAGGAGUGUCUGUGAUUGGCCCGUGCCUCGCUCCCUUCCCUCCCCUCCCGUGGUUGUAUGUAAAUCCGGCCGGGACCAGAGCAGCGGGUGAGGUUGGGGCUGGUGGCUCCUACCUCGGUGGCGCAUUUGGAGCUGUCCCUUCCAUCGUGGUGCUGAACUCUACAACCUCCUCCUGCCUCCCGUUUCCUCUCCGCCCACUGAACGGAUUUACAACCUCGUCAUCGGUCCAAACUUCCCUCUGUCCGCGCAGGGAUUUUUCACCACACCACGCGUGGAUUUGAGCCGAAUACCAUCCAUCACACUUUGUUGAGAAGUGCUGCUUUAAUCCACUCACUUCUAGACCUGUUUGGAUUACCCUCCUGGAUGUUUAACGUCUGUACACACAGGAGAAGUCCAAUGAAGACAGCCCAAUGGUGGUCGCUUGCUGUCUUAGUGUUGGGACUCACUGUGCUUGGCACCAGUGGGAGACCCAACAAGGAGGAGUUUGGAUCACAACCCUAUCGACCAGUCAUUAAAUUCCGGCACAAGGAUGGGAUCCCUGAGAGCUUGAGGGUAAAGGGAUAUAUGGGACACAGUGCCUCCCCAGGUCCAUGUGAACACAAGUACUGUGGUUUGGGACGCCAUUGUGUGGUCAACUAUGAGACUGACCAAGGAGAGUGUAGGUGCUUGGAUCGCUGUAAACCACACUAUAAACCUGUGUGUGGUUCUGAUGGGAAGCUGUAUCAGAACCAUUGUGAACUCCAUCGGACCUCCUGUCUAAGGGGACACAGGAUUACCAUCAUGCACAGUGAGGAGUGCUUUUACAAAGAUGAUGACUGCAGAUUGACUGAUUAUCGUCGGCUGAAAACCAAGAUUUUGGAUUUGCAUGACAAACGAUAUGUGGGAUCAGCUCUCCGUGGCUUCCACAAGGACAGCAUGGUUGCUAAGAAGCAACUGGUUGAUCUGAUGUUCAAACACUUUGAUGCAGAUGAUAAUGGUCAGGUCGAUGCAAGUGAGCUCUCACAGGUCAUCAAGCAUGAAGGUUUUUCCAAGGAUUUCUCUGAGUGCACAUUGUUUGACCUGCUGAAGUACAAUGAUGUCAACGAUGAUGAGCACCUGACAAAAGAAGAGUUUUACACGGCCUUUGAUGUGUACCUGCUCACCCUUCCAGAAGAACAGAAAGUCAGCAUCACUACAGUGACUGUUGGUCAGAGUACUGUGUUGACCUGCGCCAUCACAGGAGAAAGAAGGCCUCCUAUUUUAUGGAAGAGAAAUCAUCAAAAUCUGAACUCCUUAAACCUGGAAGACAUUAAUAUCCCGUCCCAGGAUUUUGGAGACAACGGCUCACUGUACAUCACUAAGGUGACCACCACCCACAUGGGCAACUACACCUGCCAUGCUGAUGGAUAUGACAAACUCUUCCAGACCCACAUUCUCCAAGUGAACGUUCCACCAGUCAUCCGAGUUCACCCAGAGAGCCAAGCAAGAGAGCCAGGUGUCACGGCCAGCCUGCGCUGCUACGCUGAGGGCAUCCCCAGUCCCCAACUGUCCUGGCUUAAGAAUGGCAUGGACAUUAAAACCAAGCUGUCCAAACAGCUCACCUUGCAAGCUAAUGGAAGUGAGGUGCACAUUAGCAACGUGCACUUUGAAGACACAGGUGCGUACACCUGCAUCGCAAAAAACGAGGUAGGCGUUGACGAGGACAUCUCUUCUUUGUUUGUGGAGGACUCAGCUCGUAAAACACUGGCGAACAUCUUGUGGCGUGAAGAAGGUCUUGGCAUUGGAAACAUGUUUUAUGUGUUUUAUGAAGAUGGGAUUAAAGUCAUUCAGCCGGUGGCAUGUGAGAUACAACGGCACAUAAAGCCCAGUGAGAAGCUCCUAGCUCUGCAGGAGGAGGUGUGCCCUGCCUCACCUGGUGAGACAGUGCAGAGGUGUGUGUGGUCAUCAGCUGUCAACAUCAAGGACAAGUUUAUUUAUGUGACACAGCCAACCUUGGACCGAGUGCUCAUAGUUGACAUCCAGUCUCAGAAAGCUGUCCAGACUGUGGGCACCGACCCUUAUCCUGUGAAGCUCCACUAUGACAAGUCUCAUGACCAGGUGUGGGUGCUUAGCUGGGGUGAUGCAGAGAAGAACUUCCCAACCCUGCAGGUGAUCAAUCAAGCCAGUGGAAGAGUCUCGCAUCACACUGUUCACACGCAGCCGGUCGGCAGGCACUUCGACAGAGUGGAGGACUUCUUCAUCCCCACAUCCAGCCUCAUCAUAAACCACAUCAGAUUUGGUCUUAUCCUUCAUCGGAAUGAGCCUUUCCUCUACAAAAUCAACCUGGAAACCAUGUCUUAUGUUAAAAACAUUAGUUUGUGGGAGUAUAACUGCAUCCCCAAAUCUGUAGUCUACACCCAUCUAGCUGGCUACUACUUUAUCAACUGCCACACAGACUCCACGGGCGCCACGCAGCCCCAGCUCAUCUUAGACAGUGUUACAGAUGGCGUGAUAGGUCAAAAUCACGAUGUCACCGGCACACCCUACGUGUCUCCGGAUGGUCGCUAUCUGGUAACGGUUGACGAUGGCGAUGGCUUGAUGAGGAUUCAAACUAUUUCUGACCAGGGACAGAUCCAGGAACCCUUCGACAUCCACACCAACUUACAUCUGUCUGACGUGGCUUUCCAGCGCUCCUUCACAGAGAUCCACCAAUACAAUGUGUUCGGCAGCUCCGGUCGUCAAACUGAUGCGCUGUUUGUGGAACUGAGCACUGGCAAAGUCAAGAUGAUCAAGAGCUUGAAAGAGGCCAUCAAGUCAUUUGACUGGCCGUGGAGCAGCAGAAACAGGGUCAUGGUGAGUAGUGGACUUUUUGGACAGUACCUCACAACACCAUCCAGAGAGUCCCUCUUCAUCCUGGAUGGACGACUUAACAAGCUCAACUGUGAGAUAACCGACAUCCUCAAAGGCAACGUCGUGGUUUGGGUCGGGGAUUCUUAGGCUAGGGCAUUGAGACCUGCUGAGCUUUGUUUUCCUUCAGAGGUACUGUUGCACUAAAUUCUGUUGCAGAUUAAUUUUGUAAGAGCAAGACACUGAAGGCCACAGAUUCAGAAACCAAUUUGAUGUGUUAGUCCACUGGUGACGGGCAUCCAAAAGUUACUUGAGAGGCAUAAUUAAUUACACUGUCUUAAAACAUCAACCUUUUUUUAAAUUCCACCUGGUAUCCUUGAGUCAUUUGGUAGUGGCAUCUUCCAGGAAACUGGUAUGAACUUGUAAGUGUAUGCACUGAUAUUGAUUUUACUAAAUAUGUGGGAAUGCUGUAGAUAAUUUGACAACCUGCAGUGAAUUGACAAAACUAUAUAAACUCCUAUAGUGCACUGUAUAUAACGUCGAUGGCCAGACUCAGUCUUGUGAUUUAAGUUACCUGUCCCCAACUUUUUCCUGUGCCUUCAAGGAAAAUUUCCCUCCAUCUGAAGAAUGAGCAUAAUUAUUCCCAGUGUGGCUGCAGACUGCACCUCUUUCUUUGACCCCUUCAUUCACGAUGAGUGUGGUUCCUUACAAACCUGCCACUCGUCUGUCUGUCCGUCCAUUGCAGUCGACUCAGUCUAAUUAAAAUGAGCCCUUGCUGUGAUCCCAUCCUGUUUGAAGUGGAGAUGGAGUGGUUCAUUAUGGCUGUGCUCGCCGCAACCUUUGAUCUGAAAUUAUAACCAGCUUUGGAAGGUUUUGAAGACUAUAGUUUAUUUUUCUUUUCUUUGAUAGUCUAAAGCAGAUAAAUGAAAGGUUUUGGUGAUUUAACUCCAGUCGUACCAGCUUUAUACACAAAAUUAAAUGUAUUUCAAAGAGUCAAUAGAUUGCAUGACAAAUGAACGAAAAUGUGUUAUAACUUCAAAAUUCCAGGACCAAAUGAGAGAUACUAGAUGAGUUUGGUAGACGUGCACUGUUUGGCAGUAUAUUUCAAAAGGGCAUUUUAAAUGUGAAGUAAUGGUGAGCUAGCACUCUGGGGGGUAGUUGUACUGUGCAGAAGGUCUUUUGAGAUUGAAUGAUAGAAGCAACUGUUUUUAGAUGCUUCUACAGUAGAUUUGUAGCUCGUACGACACUGAAACAGUUUCCUGUUGGACACAUUUCUAUGCAUUCCCACCCUCCGACUCUGAAUCACAAUGGGCAAUUUGUAUCGUAAAUUUUGUUUGAGCUUUAACGUGUACAUAUGAUUUAGUUAUUGUCUUUCCUGUCAAAACUUUCUUAUGUAUAUUUUCGUUUGGAUUCUUUUUAACACCUUUGGAGUUGAUGGUAGUGAUGGUAUCUGACCUGUACAUAGCUGCUGACGGUGAGUCCAUUCGUUUCCCAUCAUUGAGAGGACUCUUCUUUAAAACCAAAUGCUCAGCAUAUUCCUCCUUUUUAAGAAUGAAAAUAAAUACCCGUCAUUCUUUUCAUCCUGUACCUGAGCAUAUUGUGAUCAGACAGCUUUCAGCUUCAUAUACCCAUGUCUUGUAUGUUACUUUUUGUGGUUGUUAUUUAUAUAGAGAAAACACGCUUGUCAUUUUAAUCAACAAUUAAAAAAAACAAUGAUAAAAGGAAA